CAUAUCUCAAAGAGAAAAGUCAGAGGAGAAUCCUUCAAAUAAAAAUCGCAAUACGGACUUUUCCCUUCCGCGUAAUUUCCCAGGAAAAAUCAAAUUUUCGUGGAAUCAGCUUCAUCCUUUCUUUUAUACUUAUUAUCCUCUCGCUGCUGUGUGCAUUUGCUUCAUCUCAAUCGUUGAAAAUGUCGAAAGAAGGAGAACCGGUGAUCGGAGUACCGUAUUACGCGGGGCAGAACCCGUACCAGGCGGGGAUCGUGCCGCCGAACGCUAUCUAUGGAGAUCCGAUGGGAGCUCCGAUCCAGCAAACGUUUUAUCGGGAUACUCCUGCUCCUUUCAAUUGCCUCUAUUGCGGCAAUACUGGUCUCACCCAUAUCAGAUCAAAACCGGGUGUAGCUGCUGUUGUGGCUUGCAUGACUCCGUUUAUGCUUGGAUUCUGUUUUCUCUGCCCUUCGAUGGAUUGCCUUUGGAACAAACAGCAUCAUUGCCCUCAGUGUGGGAAUAAGGUUGCUGACUUUGAGAAAUCAGAUCCCUGCCUGGUGAUGGAUCCUCCGCAGUGGACGCAAUCGAGCUUUGCACUCCCUGCGUGAUAAGAUUGCAUUCUUUUCUUCUUCUUGUUAAUAUAUUACAUGUGAAGUUGAGACCUUGUGUUGCAUGUACCUACAAAAAAUUGAAUAUUCAGAAUAAACCCUGUAAAAUGUGUGAGAAAAGGAAUACUGUAUAUACAAUUGUCUGUAUCGUCCAGUGAUUCGUGAAUUGAACCGUCUAGUGUUUUGACU